AUGGCAUCCAUCUCAGCCAAACCAUUCCGUCUCGCCCUCCUCCAGCUGGGCUCCCUCUCGGCCUCCAAGGCAUCCAACAUAGCCGUAGCCAAGCAAGCAGUAUUGGAAGCUGCUCGAUCCUCUCCCAAACCACACUUGGUCGUCUUACCUGAAAUUUGGAACUCGCCUUAUGCCGUCACUGCCUUUAGGGAAUAUUCCGAAAGAGUCCCUCAUGUGGGCAGUAAGUACGAUGAGGUGGACGAGGGAGAGACCGUUAGGGCUAUGAGGGAGAUGGCUAGAGAUAAUGAUAUUUGGUUGAUUGGUGGCUCGAUACCCCAGAAAGAUGAAAAAACAGAUGAGAUCUUUAAUACUUGUACGGUGUAUGAUCCAAGUGGUACCCUCGUCGCUAUUCAUCAGAAAGUCCACUUGUUCGAUAUUGAUAUCCCAGGUAGACAGACUUUCAAGGAAUCUGAUACUCUCACUGGAGGUAAAUCCUUGACUACCUUUGAUACUCCCUUUGGUAAGAUUGGAUUAGGUAUCUGUUAUGAUAUUAGAUUCCCAGAAAUGGCCACUAUCGCCGCUAGACAAGGUUGCGUGGCUAUGAUUUACCCGGCUGCAUUUAACACUACCACCGGACCUAUGCACUGGUCGCUCCUCCAACGAGCUCGAGCGGUCGAUAACCAAAUCUACGUAGCUAUGUGCUCGCCUGCUCGACACCCCGAAGCAUCUUAUCAAGCUUACGGUCACUCAUUGGUUGUCAACCCUCUAGGAGACAUCUUAGUUGAAGCUUCUCAUGAACCUACGACAGUCUACGCAGAUAUCGAUAUCGAUCUCUUGAACACUACAAGAAGGAAUUUGCCUAUAACGGUUCAGAGAAGAUUCGAUGUAUAUCCUGAUAUCGCCGAGAAAUUCUUAUAA